GUCAAGCCUUUGAUCUUUAUCUAAUGGAAAUUAAGAUAAUUCCAUUUCCGGACAAAUGAAAACACAAUCGGCCCAAUACUUGUAAGGUCACCUAACUCAAUUUCGUCCCUAACUUUAUGGGAACGCGUGUAAUGAACGAAUUUUCGUACGAUUCUUCAACGAUAGGAGAUGAAAUUGGCGAGAAUACCCUUCGCUCUAGGCGUGACUUAGAAAAAGAUUUGGAUCUUCGUUUGAGCAACUUACCAUCCUCACAACAUCCUCCAGGACCAGGUACAGAAGCUGCUUGUAGGAUUGCAUGAGAAAAUCUGAAUUCUCUUCUGUACUUUAAUAUAGAAUUAAAUAAUGCACAAUUCGAACCCGGGUCCCUUUAAACUAAAUGGCUAUUUGGGUGUCAUUUGUGGUAGUUUAUUUUAGCGAUCCCUUGCCUUAUUUUAGUUAAACUGAAGAAGUAAGUUUGCCAACAUAAAAAAGUAUGACAGUAUGAUGAUGUUGUCCAUUCAGGACCAUUCGGUAAUCUUGCAGUUAAGGUGCGUAUAUUAUUUCUGAUCGAAUUUCGUAUUAUGGCGUGUAAACUUACAUGUAUUCUUUAUCAAAUUUAGUCCAGAUAGUAUUAGUUAACACUAAACUGUACAGCACUAACUUUCAGUUUUCUUGUUAUUGAUUUUUACAGCCCUCAUGCCCAUUGGUACAUAGCCGUUAGCAUAAACAAUCUCUCCAUUUUCUUGUUUUUUUUAAAAUACACCCUAAAUUGCCUACAUGCCAGAUUGCAAUUUUUCAACUGAAAGCAUAUUCACAAAAAAACGAAACAAGAAAUUAAGAUUUAUAAUAAAUUUUACCCAAAUUUUUUAUUGAUAGUUAACUUUUCAAACUAAAAGAAGGCACUUCGCUGAGAUCCGGGAAAUGCCGAAAACUGGUUAACGUGAUUUCAUUGUCUAAAUAGCGACCUCCACUUUUUAACUUACAGAGAGUCUCAUUGUUUACGACUUUCUUACUAUUUAUAGCCCUGCAUGUAAAUUAUAUUUCUGCCCACAGGUUAGACUUAGAGUUGACAUGUUUUUUUUUUAUUAGACACAUUAGUCCCCAAAAUAAUUUUGGGGCUUCACUUUGAAAAUUGAUGUUAAAAUAAUGCUAAUUUUACUUAUUCUAAUUUUUUGUGGGGAAAUCUUAUAUCUCUUCAUUCUUUAUAGAUAAUGGCACUAAUUACAACAUAUCCAAGGUGCAGGGCCGGCCUUUUGGGUAUGCGACCUGUGCCCUCGCACAAGGUGCCUUGGCCAUAGGUGCGUCUGGGGCGCCCAGUAAAUAUUUAAAUUCCCUUAGUUUAUUAUAGUGAAGUGUGAAUCUUGGAUCCGGGGUCGAGAGAAACGGUAUUCUAACUUUUCGUACAAUCACUUUUCAUACAAUGAGUUUUCAUGCAAUGAAAGCUACAUUCUUAAUUUGGAUACAGGGACAGGAAAGAGGGCCCCGAACAGGUGCUUCCUACAGGGCGAAAGUCUACCUAAGGCUUAACUUUGGCGCCCCUUAUAAGUAUAAUCAUUAAAGGAAAAAAACUAAAAACUAUUUAUUCGGUAUUGAGUUUAUUGCCUAUGUUUUUGUUUUUUUAAAACAAACAAUAAACAAAAACAUUGGUAAUAAACUCAUUAAUGAAUAACUAGUUUUUUCCUUUAAUGAUUAACCUUAUUAUAAGGGGCGCCAAAGUUAAGCUUGCACAGGGCGCCAGAAACCGUCGGGCUGGCCCUGCAAGGUGUGUAAGGUUAGGCCCAGCGGUUUGGUCAUAAAUUUAUCUGGUAAUUUUAGUCACAUGUCCCAAAAAUUACCUAUUAUUGUCAAUAUUCGUUGCUACAGUAAAUAACCUCAUUUACUCUGGAAAUCCAGGCUAUUACCCCCAUAAUAACUCAUUUAAAAAUAUAAACAUAAAUUAAUAACACAAGUACAUAUUUUUAAUAUGAUUUGAUGCUUUUAUUGAGGGAUAUUAGUUUAAGUAAGCCUUAUUAUUAAAAUUAAUAGUUAAUUAUUAGUUUUAUAUACUGGUACAUACACACACAUAUAUAUAUAUAUAUAUAUAUAUAUAUAUAUAUAUAGAGAGAGAGAGAGAGAGAUCUAGAUUAGUAUUUCUAUUAUAUGUGUGGGGAUAGCCCCACUCCAAUAUAUAUUUGUGUGACACAUUUUUUAUAUAUAAUGAUAUAUUAUAUAUAUACAUAUAUACACACAUAUAUAUAUAUAUAUAUAUAUAUAUAUAUAUAUAUAUAUAUAGAGAGAGAGAGAGAGAGGCCUAGAAUAGUAUUACUAUUAUAAGUGUAGGGCUAGCCCCACUCCAAUAAUUAUUUGUAGGACCCAUUAUUCAUAUAUAAUGAUAUAUUAUGGUGAUUCUUAAGGCAUAAAUUAAGUAAAAAUGUACAAAAAAUAUUCACUUACCUUUGAUGUUUAAAUAUCCUAUAUUUAAUCACAUAUCACACUAUUCCAAAAGAGAAUUAUUAUAUUAUCCUCAAUAUUCUCAAAGAAAAAACACUUUCUGCCACAUUAAUCCAAGAAUUUCAUAAGUUAUUACUAAAAACUAAUCAUAAGACAUUGUAAAUACCUUAAGCAAAUGACUAGAACUUAUUUUAAAUUCUAUCAACAGCCAAAGUUUAUUCUAACAAUACAUGUUGAAUUGUGAAACAACUUUACUAACUUAAAAUAAUUGACAUACAAUUUUUUUCAUAUUUACACAUUCUUAUGAUAUGUGACUAAAUAUAUUUUUUAGAAAAUUUUAAAAUAAAAAGUGUAAUCGUCAAUUUUAACUCAAUGAAACAAAUAAUCCCUUUAUUAUUAGUUUAUACUUAUAAAUUUUUAACAAUUCCACAGAAAAUUUGAAAUUAAUAUCUAAAGAAUAUUAUUAUUAUUAUGAUUUUUGGGAAAUUAAAAAACAUAUUUAGACAUAAUUAAUUAAUUAAUCGAAGUGAGGCUAAGCCUUAAGCCUAAACUAAGAGUUUGAUACCUUGUGCAAGUAACUACACAUAAGCACUAUGGUAGAAAAUGUAAUAGUAGUAUCUGAGAAAUAUUACAAAGCAUCAACUACAUAAUAAAAUUUACAUAUUUUUUUAUUGUUUUGUGUUAUAUUAAAAAAAAAGUGACAUUGGUCUGGCGAAUUGAUCCCUUAGAAUAAUUUUGGCUUCCAAGGACUCAACUUUUUAUUUAGGGUAUGUGUAUACACAAUACAAUCAACACUUCCUGUUUCUACCAUUUUGAAAACAACACGCAAUAUUUUCCCGAUAAUCUAUCAAAAUAUCUAAUAAAUCGCUGUAAUUGUGUUGUUCAGUACUGGUAUUUUUAAAAUUAAAAAACCCAACUGAGACUGUGGUAGGCAAAGGGGCGAUUGCGGGUUUUCUCUAUUCUUCUUAAGUGUUCUUGUGAAUUAAAUAUCUGAGCAAUAGCCUGCAAUAUAGUCACUCAAUCGUGCACUUGGCACUGUUUAUUGAGAGUAAACUAUAAUAACCCGUCUACAUGUAACAAUAAUAUUUAAAGCAAAAUGGCCAACAUCAAUGAAACUGAGUGAAUAACAAAUGUUCAUAGGUUGAUAUUUUUACCUAAUAUCAUUGAGUUAUGGCAGUAGGAUAUUAACUCGAACUCUUCACUUUGUUAAUUAUUUGAUUGAUGAUCCCAUUAUUUCACUGAAUAAAAUGCACAUUAGGAAAAAAUGAAAGUAUAAAUCAACUGGUAUUUAAGAUUUACAGUAGUAUUAUGUAAAAAUACAAUUCACAGAAUACGGUCACAAAAUGAGGUGGCGCAGUUCAUACUACCAGUACAUUCAAUUUCAUAGCUAUCAUAGACGUACCGUAUAAAAGGACAACGAAAUCACAUUUUCAUCUUGCUUUUUUUUUAUUCAUAGCUCAUCCCCGAAUAUGUGUGGAGAGAAGCUUUGUGCUCUAUCCAUCAUGUAAUAAGCUUAGGGCUAAUCUCACCCUGCUCAUCACCGGCCUAUUAUUAAUACUUCCUCAUCCAUUGACUAUUUUGCUUUUUAUAUUUGUGAGAACUUUUGUGUUCAUUUUAUUUUUAGUACUACUACUUUUGAUCGUUUUUUUUAAAUUUAUUCAUAAUUCAUUAACAUUUCUAUUGCUUCAAAGAAGUGAAAAUUAUGUUGGCACAUGUAAUGUGUGAAUUUAGUCUAUCCUUAAACUAUAGAUAUUUUAUAGCCAUAAUCAUUCUUUUCAUUUCAGAUCAGCUGCAAAAAUUAGCAGGUCUAAGUGUAGGAUUCUGUGCGUAAGUUGUUAAAGUUGUUUAUAAAGAAGUUAAUAGAAGCUACAUAUUUGAUCAAAUUUUUUUCUCUAGUUCAUCAAAUUAUUUGUUUAAUUUAAUGUCAUUGACAUCUGCUGAUGAAGAUUUAUAGAUUAUUCUUUUAAAUGAUUUCAUUGCUUAACUGUUAGUGUUGGUUAGUUUUAUACUGCCACUUUUUAAAAUCUUAAAUAAUAAGCUCUAAUAAUUCUAUUUUCAUGUGGCAUCAAAACUGUUUUUGUUUUUUUGGUUCACCAUUUCAGACUUCCAUUUAAUGAUAUUGAUACAUGUAUAAUUUAUUUGUCAUAGCAUAUUUGCAGAGCAACUGUUGUCACAUCCUUGCAUAGUACUGAGAAGACAAUGUCAAGUAAGUCAAAAACAUAAUUUCUAUUGUAAGCUAAGAUUUUAACAAGAAAUAAAUAAAACCUCUUUCAUAUUAAUUAUAAAUUCUAGCAAAAAUAAUUUAAAUAUUACCGGACCAAUGACCAUUGUUCCAAUAAUACAUUUUAAAAAAAAAAGGAACAACAUAUUGAAAAAAACAUAACUUCUUAACAAAAUUAUAAAUAGACGUAUUAUGUAAAAGAAUAUAUAAUCUGUGUUUGUUUAUAUUAUUGUAUUACAAAUUUUAAUGGAAUUAAAUUUUAGCACCUGUAUAAAUGCAGAUUAUGACUCAUAAUCUUUUUAAUUGAGGAUGAGUUUUUAGCAUGAAACAAAUAAUGUUGUAUUGUCUAUCCAAUCAACUUUAUAAACCCAAAUCAAAGGUAGUGUCGAAGAAUAUUUAAAAUAUUCAUUAAUUUUACGCUUUUCCUGUAUCAUUAUAAAAUUUAAUACUUUAUAGUUGUUAAGGAAGUUACGUUAACAUAAUUUGAAGAACAAUUAGAAGGCCUCAGAAAAGUCUUGUUUUCAAGAUUUGAAAAGACAGCGACAACAAUGUUCAAGAAAUAAUAUAAUUUUUGUGUACUUGGUUCUAAAGACUGAACUCCUUUACUUUGAUAUGCUUCAGGUGCAUCAUGCUGGUUAUUGGUACCACUUGACUCCAAUUUCUCUUUUACAAACCUUGAUAAAUAUUCAGAGGACACAGGUAUUACAAUUUUUGUCAAAAUGCUUACUUUUAACAUUUUAAUUUAUGCCAUUUAAACCACUGGCCAUAUACUAAAGAGCUUAAUUUAAAAUCACUACCUUUUUCUGGGAGGAAAAGUAUAAUGUUAAAUAGUCAUUUAGGUAAUUUGUUCUGAAACAAAGAAAUUGUAUUUUUUUUUCCUCCAGUAUUUGUAAAUAUAUAUUCAAUAUAAAUUGAAAUGUUUAUUCAAACUCAUUAAAGUGUGUUGCAUAUGCGAAUGAAAUAGUCUUUAAAAAACUAAUUGUAAGAUUCUUUUCUUAGUAAUAAUGAAAAAUUCAAUAAAGUUCUCCUGUACAUUCAGUGUUACAAUAAUGCAUGUUCUUAAACAGAGUGAUUUGGCCCAAAAACAUGUGGGCUAACAGUGGCUUUGAGGCUAACAGUGGCUUUGAGGCUAACAGUAGCUUUGAGGCUAACAGUGGCUUUGAGGCUAACAGUGGCUUUGAUGCUAACAGUGGCUUUGAGGCUAACAGUGGCUUUGAGGCUAAUAGUAACACAGUAAUGAAAGAUCAUGAUUUGACUUAAGAGUUAAUUUUAUUUUCAAAUGAAUUAAGGGAGGCUAUAAAAAGAACAAAAAAACGCUGCCUUAAAAUUUUGACUAAAACUUUCCACUGUAUUUUCAGGGAGGACUGGUAUUAUGGAAAGGCCUUGGAAGCGUUUAUAUUGUCCGUGGCAUCGGUAUGGUUUCUGAGACAGUGAUUAGUGAAUUGACAUCUUUACCAAGGUGUGUUCAUACCUUAUUCUUAUAUUUCAUUUCACAGCUUGAAUGCAGUCCAUCAAUCUUUAUCUUGUAUUCUACCAACAGGUUUUACUCAACAGUUCAUCAUUUUAAAAUACUACAGUACAGAUUCAUUAACUAGCCAAAGUAUGAAUGCUUAGAAUAGUUGUGUUGUGUAUUACAUUUGAAAAUUUCAUUAGGACUGUUUAAUAAUGAGAAAGAUUGUAUCAGGAAUGACUAGGUGAGCUGAUAUAUUGAGUGUACGUCAUUAGCUGCAUUAGAAGCCAAUAAAUAAAUACAUUUUAUUAAAGAGAACUUAGGGCAAAUGGUAUCUUAGGGUUUUGACAAAAAGUUUAGAAUGUCGUAUCUUUUAAUUACUGUGUUUAUUUUAGAGAAGCUCCAAGGCACAGUUCCUUAAAGAGGUUGGGAGGACAUGUCGUUCUUAAAGGGUGAGUCUGCACAGUUCCUUAAAGAGGUUGGGAGGACAUGUCGUUCUUAAAGGGUGUGUAUGCACAGUUCCUUAAAGAGGUUGGGAGGACAUGAGGCUCUUAAAGGGUGAGAAUGCGUAGUUCCUUAAAGAGGUUGGAAGGACAUGUCAUUCUUAAAGGGUGAGUAUGCACAGUUCCUUAAAGAGGUUGGGAGGACAUGUCGUUCUUAAAGGGUGAGUAUGCACAGUUCCUUAAAGAGGUUGGGUGGACAUGUCAUUUUUAAAGGGUGAGGAUGCACAGUUCCUUAAAGAGGUUGGGUGGACAUGUCGUUUUUAAAAGGGUGAAGAUGCACAGUUCCUUAAAGAGGUUGGAAGGACCAGUCAUUCUUAAAGGGUGAGUAUGCACAGUUCCUUAAAGAGGUUGGGUGGACAUGUCGUUUUUAAAGGGUGAGGAUGCACAGUUCCUUAAAGAGGUUGGGAGGACAUGUUGUUCUUAAAGGGUGAGUUUGCACAGUUUUUUGUCUUAUUUAAUAAUUCUUAAAUAAAAUUCUUGAAAUAUCACAACGGCUGAUCUUUGACUUUAACAGACCAGGCUACUCCUGGGUACCAACGCUUGACAUGUCUUACCUACAGUGUUGUUGAGCCAUGUUAGUUUUAUGUGUAAUAAUUUAGCAAUUAGCUUUCUUUUGUUCUGGUCAAAGUACCAUAUGUAUGGUUAUUAUAUGCACAGCACCUCUUUAAUAAUGGGACUGUAAUGAAAAAAAAGCAUUGUUUUAAUGUUGGUUCCAUAGAAAAUCUUCAAUUUUGAGAAGACAAUAAUGUUGUUAUUAAGACAUGUCAGCAGACUGACCAACUUGUCAAUGUGUCUUAUUUAUUUAUUUUAAACAGGAUAAUCUUUGCUGUGUUGACACCUUUCUUAGCUGCUAGUCUUGUUGAAACAGUUCAAGUAAGUUCCUGGCUUUCAGGCCACCUAAAAUUAUACCUAAAGCUUUUCCCGAACAACAUGAUGGGACUUAAGAGUUAACUUUAUUUUCAAAUGAAUGAAGGGAGGAUAUAAAAAGAACCAAAAAAAUUAAUUUAAUGUUGAUUCAAUGACUUGAUGCAUGUUUGUCUGUGAUUGACAUGCUAGUCAUUGAGUUUUAAAAGUGUGUGCAUAAAAUAGGUGAAUUAAGGUCAAGACUUAAUCUAUGACUUCACAUUUAUCAGCCAUGGUGUUAAUUGGCAUUAACUAUCAACAGAGUGAUAUCGCCAGUGAAAGACCAGGUGUGUUUGACAUUCUUGUAGAGGCUGCAGCCCGCGUUAGUGCCUGGGGUGUCCCUCAGACAUCCCGUCAGAUUCCAGUGUGGCACCUGGCUCUGCCGACCAUCAUCUUUAGACUUUCCCAUUACAUUAUCAACUCAAUAGCUCAAUUUACUGUGACCUCGGCAAUGCAUUUAGAGCAACAGGAAAUAAUGGUGAGUCCUUUUAUAAAUGUUAACAUAAUGUACUAACAGAAGUUCAAUGUAUAGUUUGGCAUCUAUACUAAAUUCUAAAUUUAGCAUGGUUUCACAUUUUAACAAAAAAAGUUUCAUCACACAAAGCUUGAUGACUGAUUCUGCUAUGGUAAUGGAAGUUGUGUUUGUGUGGAUUGCCUCCCUUGUGUCUUAGAGUUCAGUCCCAGUUCAAGCACCUUAUCUUUUUGUAUUUCAUAUCUAAAAUAAUUUUUAGUUAAUAAUUUUUGUGAGAGAUUAUGUAACAAAUGUAGCAAGUGAAAUUAAAUAUUAAAAUGUAAAAUCUCAUGCAACAAGUGUCAUUGAAACAUGUGUCACAAGUUUCAUUCAAUUUAAAAGUAUAAAAUAUCAUACAAGUGUCAUUAAAACAUAUUUCAAAGGUUUUCUUGGAUAUUAAAAAAAAAAUAAAAAUCAUUUUAAAAAAACACCAGUGACACAUAAUAAUAUGUCACAAGUUUCAUUACAUACUGAAAGAUAAAAUAAUCUUCAAAAAUGUCAUUUAUUACAAGAGGCCAUUUAUUGUUUGUAUGAUUUUAAAAAGGUAAUUUAAAAUCAUAUAAUUUCUGACUGGAGAAUUCCUUUCUACUUAUUUUUGUAUCUAAAAAGGAACAGCCUGGUGAAAAUGGCAGAGAACCUAGUGCCUAUGAAACAUACUUUCCCGAGUUACUGGCCACAUUUACAGGAGGAAUAUUGGCUGACAUGAUAACUUUCCCAGUGGAGACAGUAUUGCAUCGUCUUUAUGUGCAGGUAUUAACCCCACCUGCUUUCUGCUACUACUUCCAUUAAAAAACAAUCAUGACUUUAAACAUCAGAUUGGGGCUGAGGCUGAAUCUAUUAAUGGGUGCGCAGAUGGCUUGUCAGGCCAAUUUUGGCAUGAAAUAUUCUAGUGCAGAAGGUGCAGGGUAUGGGGGACAACUCCAGGUACAAAGUUAACUCUUUUCUUGCUACAUGUACUCUCAAGCAGCCAUUUCCCAAACGUUCAAGUUUGCCGGCCUGAUGGAGAAGUUUUUAAAUUGCCACAGGCAUCGAUGCCAGAUUGAUUAUUUAUAUCUUAUUUUAAUUUGACCAUAAAUAUUCAUGUUGUGGUGGCCGGCAUCAAAAGGCUUAGAGGACAUUGCUGGUCUGCGGACACCAUUAGGGGAACACUGCUCUAAGCCUCAGUAUUUAAAAGUAUUUCAAGAACAACAACAAAAUAAUGCAGGCCAUAUAUUCCCUCUAUAAAAUUUUGUUUAGUUAAGAGUAAUCUCAUAAUUUUUAAAAAAUAAUGUUUUAGGGCAAAUAGUUACUUAAUUAUUUUAAUAUUUGCAUGACAGGUAUAUUAAUAUGCCGAAAUAAUAAUCUGAAUGGAAAUAUUUUUACCUAAAAAGAUAGGAUAAAUUUCUUAUGAGAUAUUGCCUGUAUGUACUCUUCCAGGGGACGAGGACUAUUAUUGACAACACCGACACUGGACUGGGUGUGAUCCCUAUCAACACUCGCUACGAUGGCUUUGUUGACUGUUUCCGAUCCAUUGUUGCAGAGGAGGGACUCCAUGGCCUGUACCGUGGAUUCGGUGCCUUGGUGCUACAGUAUUCUAUCCAUGCACUCAUUCUGAGGCUGGCCAAGUUCAUGUUUGAGAAGUUGUCGCAAGAAUUGAGAAAUAGAAGAUCCCAACCAGGGAGACAACCAAAGUUAGGUCCAGCAAACAGCAGAUCCAAGUCAUUAGAGUUUCGGAAAUCUGAUGGAGACAAAAUAUUUUGAUGUAAGGCGUAGUCAAUGUAAAUUAAGAUGUUGAUUAACAGGAGCG